AUGUCGCGCGACGCAGGAUCGAAAUCAUUGACGGAAUAUUGUCUAUCAAAUAAUAAUUUUCAAUGUUUCCAGUCAAAUCCAUUAAAUCGUUUAAAUUUACAUCGAAAAUCAUCGGAUCUUAUCAUACCAUUAACUCAGAAUAAGCAAGCACGAUUUUUACCAUUUUCAUCUCAAUUUCAUCCAUUAAUGACAGCAGUGAAUUCGAAAAACUUAAGGUAUCCUGUAUGGUUGACUUAUGAACAAUUAGUAGAUAGUGGUGUCGAUCUUGAAACGAACGAAGUAGUUCUGUUAGGCAUUGGAUCACAACAAUUAGUUAAUCAUGAACAAGAGCUGGAUAGUCAGACAAGUCAACCAAAAACUAAAAGUUUAUUAUCAUUAAUGUUAGUUUCAGCGCCUACCGACAGUGAAUAUAUUUACUUUGCAGUUUUGAUUCAAUCAAAAUCUAUUGCUGAUAAACUUAAAUCAUUGCUAGACGCAUCCUCUUAUGGUGAAUUACGUAUAUUGUUAUCAUUUAUAACAGUGGCUGAUGCAUCUAUAUUAGCUCAAGGAAGAGCUCUUCUUGAUUGGCAUACCAGUUCACUGUUUUGUGGAAAAUGUGGUAAUCGUACACUUUCAAUCGAAGGAGGAGCUAGGCGAAAAUGUACAUCAGAAACAUGUUCCCGUACAUUGUAUCCUCGAACAGAUAGUGUAUCGAUCACUUUGGUCUCGUCUAAAGAUAAUGAAAGAGUAUUACUUGGACGUAAAAGUCAAUUUCCAAAAGGAAUCUAUACAUGUUUAGCUGGUUUUAUUGAGUCUGGUGAAUCUAUUGAAGAGGCAUGUCAACGAGAAAUAUUUGAAGAAUCCGGUGUGUUAAUUGAUUCAGAGAGUGUCAAAUAUUUUCAGUCUCAACCAUGGCCAUUCCUUGGUGGUCAGUUGAUGAUAGGCUGUUUUGCAAGAGCGGAUGAAAAGAUGGAAGACGCUGAAUCAGUGACAUUACAUGAUUCUGAAUUAGAAGAUUGUAAAUGGUUUAAUAGAAACGAAAUAGGUCAAAUGCUAAAUAUUAGUCGAACUCAGGUCGAUGCCUGGGCGCAAGCAGCGCAGAAGAAACCACAUGAGAAAGUAGAAACGCCAGCAGUUCCUGUUUUAACUAUACCACCACCAUUCGCCAUAGCACAUCAGUUAAUACAAUAUUGGUAUACAAAUAAAACAAAAAACAGUGCGUAA